AUGCAGGAAGCAUAUAGAAUCAAAGCCUCUAAUAAAGUUCAAUUCGAAAACAAAUUUACACAAAAAAAGGGUUAGCUCCUAGACACCAUCUAAAUCAUGAUUUCAUAAGUUCAAGAGGAGAUGUAGGAUUCCAUACUCAAAGAUAAAUAGGAAGUUAUAAAUCAAAAAGCUAAAACCAUUGCACUUUAAAAAUAAGCAGAUUCUAAAAAUGAGCUCAUUAUUGAGCAGGAAACUAUCAUCUAAUAGUUAUUGCUCAAAUUAUAAGAACUAGAAAAAGAAUCAUUACCUCAGAAACAAAACAAUGUGGAUUAAGAUUUACUACUUGAGCUUGAAUAAGAAAUUACAUCCCUUACAGCAUUAUCAAAUAGGCUUAGAUAAAAGGCUAAUCGAUUAUGCGGUUAUUUUGUUUGUCUGCGAUUGUAUAAUCCAGAAUUAGGUUUAAAAAUACAAUAAGACGAUUUUGAUUAUAAUUUACUUGUAAUGCCAAAAAUUCCAGAUCAUACCAGCUUGAUUUCCAGUUUAUAAGAAUCUGAAAGAGCCCUAAAAUAAAAAGUUGAAUAGCAAGUAUUAUGACAUUUAAUAAUAGGGAUACUAAAAUUCUAGAAAAAGAAAGAGAAAAUGCUGAAUUAAAAAAAGAAAAUCUGAAUCUAAAACGAUGUAUCAA